UAGACUUGAAAAUCUCAAAAACUACCGAAAGAUCCUACAGGGUAAAUCAUAUACGUACAAACUCCAGAGCAACACGGAAACCCGUACAGACCCCGUAGAAUCCAUCACAAAAAUUGACUCUACACCACUGAGGCAGCUUACAUAACGGGGAACUGUGCUGAACAAUCAAACAUUGAAGAUGCGCUCCAAAGUCUACCACUUAUCUUCGAAUCAGGGUGGGUUAAUGGGGGGUUCUAGUUCUUCACGGACGAGUUAGAUCCAAGUAUAUCAUGAUAUCCCCAGAGCGAGGAGAAAGUAAGAUAGACCAAGACCGAUAUCGUCAUCUCACGCCAUCCGAUUAGAAAUCCACCGUUUCUUUCCCCGCACAUUACCUUAUAUUGUGAAGCUCCCCAGACUCCUUCCUCUCCAUCCGUUAUGACCUCUCAUCAACCACAGCAAGGACCAAGAGCACAAUGACCAACCCAAAGAUUACCUUGUACACCAACCACCGGUGCCCUUGGGCCCACCGCGCUCACAUUGCCCUCAAAGAACUAGGACUAGACUACGAGGAAGUUAUCAUUGACCUGAGCAAGCCACGAGAGCCAUGGUAUCUAGACAUCAACCCGCGCGGCCUUGUCCCCUCCAUCACCUACGGUGAGCACACCAUCACGGAGUCCGCGAUCGUUGCGCAGUUCCUGGCCGACGCCCACCCGUCGCAUCUCCUCCCUCCCUCCGACAGCGAGAACGGUGCCAUCCAACGCGCCCGUAUUGCCUUCUUCGUCGAUACGUUCUUCAGCAAGGUCCAGCCCCAUUUCAACACUUCGCUGCGCGCCUCGACCGCGGCGGAGCGGGACGCUGCGGGCGACGCUCUCGUCGCUGCGAUCAAGUCGGAGCUGGAGCCUCUGCUGCCGGAGGGAUCGGAGGGGAAGGGGCCGUUCUUUGGCGGCAGUGAUAAAUUGACGCUGGCCGAGGUGCUGACAGGCUCAUUCCUCCUGCGCAUCCUCUCCUUCCAUCGGCAUGGAUUGCUGAGCGAGAAGUUGCCCAGCUUGCUCGAGAACACGCCGCGGUUCAAGCGGUGGGCGGAAGCGACGGUGCAGCAGAACAGCGUGAACUACAUCUGGGACGAGAAAGUAUCGGCGGAUGGGAUUAAGGCCAAGUUGGCGACCCUUGCGAAAUAGUGAUGGUAAGGGAGAAGGUGUAGAUGUUCAUGUUUAUAACUGAUUGAUUGAAUCGAUGAAUGAAUGAAUGAACGAAUGACAUCCCGUGAUCUCUACCUGCCCUUUUCGGAAACCAAACUUGUAAACAAAAGCCAACCGCGCAAACGAUGCAAACAUCGGAGCCAGGGCUAAGGAGUCCAAGAUGCUUCAUAUCUGGAAGGAUGGGAAUGCAAUUCACAGCUACUUAGUGUUGGGGUCUCAUUAGGCAUUCCGAUCAAGAUUACGAAAGGGACAUGGACGCAAUUCUGGCCAGGUUCAACGAUGUACCAAGCACUGAUCAUGAAGAUAUGCUCACUUAGGAAGGCGAGAACAUAUCUCAGUUCAAAUGUACAUAACGUCGCCGUUCUACACUGUAGCUUUUGACAUACGUAGAUGAUAUCAUCCCGAUUGACGCUCUAGAUCCCAGAAAUCUAAAGUAUAGGAUAGAUGCCCCUCAACUAUAAGCGUCAAGAUGUGCGUAAUGGAUCAGUAUACAGUAUACUUUAUCCUCGUUUGGGGGGUCCAUU